AAUGGCGUGGUUGAGUUUCGCGACUACAGUAUGCGCUACCGCCCAGAGUUAGAUCUGGUUCUCAAAGGGCUCAGCUUUUCGGCACAAGGCGGCGAGAGGAUUGGCAUUGUCGGCCGCACGGGUGCAGGCAAGAGCUCGAUCACAUACGCGCUGAUGCGUUUGGUCGAGCCAGCCAGCGGCCAGAUUAUGAUUGACGGCGUUGACAUUUCAACCAUUGGCCAUCGUGACCUGCGAUCGCGCAUUGCCAUCAUUCCGCAGGACCCGGCGCUGUUCAGGGGUACUAUUCGCGACAAUCUGGAUCCAGCCAACGAGUACACCGACGACGAAGUCUGGGCGGCUAUUCGUGCGGGUCAAAUUAGCAACCUUCUCGAUGCUCCAACAGAGAAGUACGUCAAGCCUCUGGAUAACGAAAAGUCUGACAAGGGACCAUGGAUCGAGGGUGUCGGGUUAAACAAAUGGGUGGAGCAUAGUGGUGGCAAUUUUAGUGUCGGCCAGCAGCAGCUCAUCAGUCUUUGCAGGGCUUUGCUUUGGCGGCGCAAGAUUAUCAUUCUGGACGAGGCAACGGCCAACGUAGAUUCCAAGACUGACCAGAUCAUGCAGGAGGUGAUCCGCCGCGAGUUCAAGGAAUGCACCAUGUUGACGAUUGCACAUCGGCUGGGCACUGUCAUGGACAGCGACCGCAUCCUGGUAGUGGACCACGGCCAGAUGGCAGAGUUUGACUCACCUGAAAACCUACUUGCUGACAAGAACAGUCAUUUCUCACAGUUGGUCGAGAGCAUGAAGCUCAAUCAUGGCAAUUGAGAUAUUUUAUCAGCAAAUAAACAUAUUGCGUUCAAGUUCAAACGGUUAUUUAUAGCUGUGAUAGUCUAUCGUUCUUUUUUAAAGUUGAAAUUUUCAUAUGCUGCAAGGCAAGGACAGUGGAUGUAAAUAAAAAUUAGGUAGUUAAAAAUA